UCAAGCUGCCAUCUAUAAACCCUUAAACCCUUCUCCUCCAAGGUUUCAUCUUCUCAUAGAAACCUUUAACAAAUUCGAAUCCACCAAUAUUCAUGUUAUGACAAAAGCAUACACAUUUACACACAUACAUAUGUUUCCUCGUAGCCACAUUUGAUCCCGAAUGAUCCAGAGAUUAUCUCAUCCUUCUUUGCUCUCACUCGAAACACUCUUAAAGCUCUGCAAAUCUGAGAUUCAUCUUAAUCAAAUCCAUGCCCGAAUCAUCCGCAAAGGUCUUGAACAAGACCAGAAUCUUAUCUCAAUCUUUAUCUCUUCGUCUUCUUCAUCUCUCUCUUACUCUUCCUCUGUUUUUGAACGUGUUCCUUACCCUGGAACGUAUCUUUGGAAUCAUUUGAUCAAAGGGUACUCGAAUAAGUUUCUCUUCUUUGAGACGGUUUCGCUUCUAAUGCGUAUGAUGAGAACAGGUUUUGCGAGACCUGAUGAGUAUACUUUUCCUUUGGUUAUGAAAGUUUGUUCUAAUAAUGCAGAGUUUCGUGUUGGUUCAACGGUUCAUGGGUUGGUUUUGAGAAUUGGGUUUGAUAAAGAUGUUGUUUUGGGUACAAGUUUUGUUGAUUUUUAUGGUAAAUGUAAGGAUUUGUGUAGUGCACGUAAGGUGUUUGGUGAAAUGCCUGAGAGAAAUGUUGUUUCUUGGACGGCUUUGAUUGUUGCGUAUGUGAAAUCUGGGGAGUUGGAGGAAGCGAAGAGGAUGUUUGAUCUUAUGCCUGAGCGUAAUUUGGGAACUUGGAAUGCUUUGGUUGAUGGGUUGGUGAAAUCGGGAGAUUUGGUUAAUGCUAGGAAGUUGUUUGAUGAAAUGCCUAAGAGAGAUAUUAUUUCGUAUACUUCUAUGAUUGAUGGAUAUGCUAAAGGUGGUGAUAUGGUUUCUGCGAGGGAUUUGUUUGAGAAUGCUAGGGGUGUUGAUGUUAGGGCAUGGUCAGCUUUAAUAUUGGGUUAUGCACAGAACGGUCAGCCGAAUGAGGCCUUUAAGGUUUUUAGCGAAAUGUGUGCGAAGAAUGUUAAACCUGAUGAGUUUAUAAUGGUGGGUUUGAUGUCAGCUUGUUCUCAGAUGGGUUGUUUUGAAUUAUGUGAAAAGGUUGAUUCUUAUCUGCACCAAAGCAUGAAUAAAUUUUCUAGUCAUUAUGUUAUACCUGCUUUGAUAGACAUGAAUGCCAAGUGUGGCCACAUGGACAGAGCAGCUAAGUUGUUUGAAGAGAUGCCUCAGCGAGAUCUUGUUUCAUAUUGUUCGAUGAUGGAAGGAAUGGCUAUUCAUGGGUGUGGAAGUGAAGCUGUUCGACUGUUUGAGAAAAUGGUAGACGAAGGUAUUGUUCCCGAUGAAGUUGCCUUCACAGUAAUAUUGAAAGUUUGUAGCCAGUCCAGGCUUGUUGAGGAGGGCUUAAGGUAUUUCGAGUUAAUGCGAAAGGAGUAUUCAAUUUUGGCAUCUCCUGAUCAUUAUUCAUGCAUUGUGAAUCUUCUUAGUCGGACAGGAAAGCUUAAAGAGGCUUAUGAGCUUAUCAAAUCCAUGCCCUUUGAAGCUCAUGCUAGUGCUUGGGGUUCGCUUUUGGGUGGUUGUAGUCUACAUGGGAAUACUGAGAUAGCAGAGGUAGUUGCAAGGCAACUCUUUGAGCUUGAACCACAAAGUGCCGGUAGUUACGUGCUUCUGUCAAAUAUAUAUGCAGCUUUAGACCGGUGGGCGGAUCUUGCUCAUCUUAGGGACAAAAUGAACGAGAAUGGUAUUAAAAAGAUUUGUGGCCGAAGUUGGAUAAUUCGAUAAGAACUUGUCAGUUGUCAUCUAACCGUGUCAACAAUGGAAGACUUUGCUUAACCUAACAAGACGUUGAGGCAAAAAAGCACCUAAACAGAACCAGUCUGAAACAUCAUGGCGGGGAGACCAAAGUUUUUUAUCGCGUUACUCGACCUGUACAUAGCUUGAGAGAUUGGAUAACAUUUUUACCUUAAUCAGGCUUCAAUUACAUUGUGUUAUAUCUCUGGUUUGAUGCUUUGAGGAGGUCCAUACAUAACCAAGAAUGAUUCAUGAGAGGAUAAGGUUAAAGCAGAUUUCAGAAGAGAGAGGGCUGUUGGCAAAAUUCAUAAGAGAAAGGUUUGUUAUAUACUAAUCUGUAUGUUCACUUAUAAUCUACCUUCAAAGGUUUAAUAGUUUGGUUAUGAUAUAUCUGCGUACCCGACUCUGUUUUUCGUUGUCGAUUACUGCACUAUAAACUGGCUUAGGAUCAAUAUAUGUAAAUUACCUUCAAACUGUAUUAAACUUAAAUAAUAAUAAUAUAGAACAUUACAAAAAUAAUUUAAAACUAAAAA